AUGACUGGGCUGCAUCACAAGCAGUGUGACCAACAGGUUGAGGGAGGGGAUUGUGCCCCUAUGUUCUGCUCUGAUACUGUUCUUCAAAAAUUCAGCAUUGACUUUGUUGUAGCACUGCUGAGGCAAGAAAACGCUAAAGACAUCUGUGUCAUCCAGCCACCUCCAGAAAUAAAAUACUGUGAUUAUUUUAUAAUUGUGAGUGGAUCUUCAACACGGCAUCUCCAUGCAAUGGCACAGUACAUGCUGAAAAUGUACAAGCAUCUCAAAGAAGAAAGUGAUCCUCAUACACAGAUUGAAGGAAAAGAGACAGAUGACUGGCUGUGCAUUGAUUUUGGUAACAUUGUGCUGCAUUUCAUGCUGCCAGAGGCACGAGAGGUUUAUGAAUUGGAGAAGCUGUGGACUCUCGGUCCCUACGACGACCAGUUAACACAGAUGACUCCGCAGUCCCUGCCAGAAGACUUUAUAUUUGGACUGACUGCUAACAGCAGUGACCAUCUUGAGACAAGAACUUAAUGCAGCUACUGUGUGGAAAGAGAAUGAGUGUGCCUUCACAGAUCAGAGAGAGGCUUGGGAACUGACUGAGCAGUCAGUACAGUUAGCAGUACAAAACAGUGUAUUUAUUGGAUGUGCCUAAGCAAAGUUCUAAACAAACUAAAAAAGUGAUCAGAAUCAUAGAAUCAUCAAGGUUGGAAAAGACCUUUAAGAUAAAGUCCAACCAUAAAAUAUCAAAGAGGCAAUCCUAUCAGAGCUUCCUGGGGGAGCUACUGUCCCAGUGGAGUUUGCAGUGAGAAGAGUGGGCCAAAGACAGCUGCUCAAGCUACUUACCCUGAAACUCAUGCUCAUCCUCUGAAGUAAUUGUUUUUUUAGUAUCUUUGAAAGACUUGCUUGUAGUGGCAGUGCAAAACAGAUUUGAGUGCUGCAAGGAAAAACUGAAAUAGUACAGCUGAGAUGACGCUUCUUGUGUUAAGCUGUUUGCUUCUGGUCACAAUAAAGCAAGUCAUGGUCUGAGUUGAAGGGGGACAGAAAACAGACUGGUGUUACUGAGAACAUAAAAGCCAAGAGCAGCAGUGACAAAUAAAUGUGCUUUGAGUUAACAGAACAGUAAGUCAGUUUUUUGGCCAAAGCCAAUCUGUUUUUAAUAAUAAUAAAAAACCCAAACUGAAGUGCUUCAAUUAGUUGUCUUCAGUUAAAACAUUCAGCUCAGUCUGCAUGUGCAGUUGGCUCCUCCUCUAGCUUUUCUCUCACCUACUUUCUGAAAAGGGUCACUGAGACACACUCUGGCAGUAUAAACCUUCAGCUCUUCGAAGUGGCCAAAAAUAGUUCUAUAGGAAGCCCUUGGUCACUGAGCAUUACAUACUGCAGAUGUUGGGCACUCUCAGAAGUUAUCACACAGCUUGUUCUUAAUCUGAUUGCUGCAUGCUCUGCUCAGUUAAGAAGACCUUCAGGGUGGUAAGUUUGUCUGUGUAACACACUCCACUACAGGACAAAGUUUUCAUCACUGGAUUAGGAUCUCUUCCUUCUGGAGAAAUUUGCAUUGCUAUGCAUCAGGAAGCAGAAACAGGAGAUUCUGAGGGUAAUCACCUUUUUCACUCCAUAGCACCACACAUUACUUCAAGCACUGCAUAGUAGCUGCUCUUUGUAAUGCUCAAAGUGAGCCUGGUCAUUGUGCUUAUAGCUGUGGUGUUUAGGAGGAUGUGUGUGUGUAUUUAAUUUAAAACAAACAAACAAACAAAAAACUUCUCCCUCUAUUUCACAUCAUAUUCUUGCUCUGCCUAGCCUCUCUUCUUUCAGGAAAGACUGCCCCCAAGUUCACCUGCUCUUUGAUACAAGGCAGCAGAUAGUUCUGCAGUUAAGCAAAGGGCAUUUAUAAAAUAUAGUUAAACUAUACAGAUAAAACAUCUUUGCCCACAAAACAAACAUAUUAGUGUUAAGUCUGAGUGCAGAGAAGGACUUUCAAAAUGCUUCAUGAUAACUUUUCAAAAGUAAUCAUAUGGGGGAAAGAUAACCUGGCUGUUUUACAGCCUGAUGCUUUCUAAAUCAGGCAUUUCCUCCUAGGAGUGAUGUGUAGGAGUAAGUGACUCAUUCCCUGAAACAAUUUGCCUUUUACUGCUGCUUGAGGAUCAGUAAUACUAGAUGGAUAGAGGCAGGUUUAGCAAACAUUAAACCAUUAUAUGAACCCACAUUUAGUAACCAGAACCACAUAGAGUAUCCUGUCUCCAAGAGCACAGUAGCAAAAGGAGCACCCAGAAAAGAACAUUAAGAGAUAGGGAAUAGGUUCCAUGGGAACAGGUUAGGACUCUUAAAGGUGAAAAGGGGUAAUAGUCUGUAAGACAAGACAAAAAAAAAAUUAACAAAGGAGACAAAAAAAACAGUAAAAUUAAAAAGUGUAACUGACUUUACUGCUAAAGUAUAAUGUAAAAAGGAGUUCUAUGGAACAUCCACUGCUUGCUAUUAAACAAUCAGAACUACCAGCCCAGGAAAACAACUUUGUCCUUAGCCAUUUAACAGAAGCAUUGACAAUAUGUGCUUAGCUACUGCAAUGCCUCAGACAGGUUACUUGCCUGCCUUGGUGAGACUUUGGCCUGAUACUGUUAAAAGCUGGGGACUUACAAAUUAACCAAGACAGUCUGGAUGAUCAGUAAUGUGCAACAUUGAACCCCUUUUGGAAAGAAAACUUUUGGAGAAUUAGUUCAAUGGGUCGGGUGAUUUCUGUGUAAAAUAAAAAUAAUUGAGCAGCUUG